AUGGAGGAGGACGAGUUCGAACUCAUCUGCUUGCUGGACGCGUUCCCCACGGAUGCCGCGGCGCGCCAGCAGCUCUCCGUGUCGGAGGAGAUCUUCUCCGUGAUCAAGCGCCAGCUGAAGCACCGCCAGUUCCGCGCCGCGCUGCGUCUGCACCGCCAGGAGAAGGCGCUCAAGAAGUACGUGGCUAGACUCGGCCGGCGCGAGACCAUGUGCCAGAUCGCUAGGUCCGUGGACUUCUCCCCGUGCAUGAUGGCGCGGCUGCUGCUGGACGCUAAGUACGGCUGGAGCAAGACCACCAUCUCCAACUUCUUCAAGGAGGCCAUGAAGGACGAGUGCGAGCUGGACGAAGCGGAGCCGCCGAACCGCCGAGGCCUCUCGGAGCAAGCGUACGCGCGGGUGAUGCAGGAGAUCCGAGAGUGCAUCGAUGGAGACGUGUACUGUUCGCCGUUGGCAGACCGCAUCCGCCACAACAUGGGCGUCGAGUACGAGUAUCUGCUGCUGGAGACGCUGCGCAACCGGCAACUGGUGUUCGAGAGCGAAGACGUGCUCCGGGAGAAGGGGCUGUCCAAGACGCCCGACGUGAGGCUGUUACUGCCGAUCGGUGUGAAGGACUCCAGGAGCGGACAUCUGCAUGUGGUCAAUUGGAUCGAUAGCAAAGCCAUGUUCGGCGACCGACACACGCAUGAAACGGAGAACGCGAGCCAGCGAAUGUAG